GCCAUGGCCCAUGGCCUUACAGAUUCUAUGAGGACGUUGCCCUUGCUUUUGGUGGCCGUUCGCGCGGAGGGUGCCGAAUGUCCCAACUGGCAGAUCUUCCAAGCAGAGUUGCUGGCUGCACUACGGGCACCAGGCCUUGGCCACACCUUGCAACGCUGGCGUCCGGCCGUGCUGCGGAAGGCCUUACGCUCCACCGAGGCCUUGAGCCAGGAGCUAAUGUCUUCCGCUGCCUGGGACAGGAUGUCCCUGCAGCCAGCCGAGGAGGCGGGUCACAUGGAGUCCCGGGAGGCCUUGGAGAAGAUCGCCGGCGCAGCGGAUCGAGAUGGCCGGAACCUCACAGAAGAGGACUUGGCCAAUCUCUCAUGCAUAGGCAAGCCCCAAGCUGGCAUGCCCUGGCGUUCUCACUGGGGGAAGCUUCCGAGGAAGCUGGCCUUGGCUGGUCAAGACAGAGUCAGGCUGAGGAAACCUGAAGGUCAUGGUCAGUGGAACAUCAAGGCCUCCAAUGUGUUCAGCAAACACCUGAGAGCUGUGGACUCCCCGGACUUUGAGAAGUUCCAUUUCUUCGGGCCGUCGCCCAACAUGCCGUGCUUGUCGAACCUGAAUCGCGCUCUCGCUUCCCAGGAGAUUCGUCAACAGCUGGGCGUUGUCAUCGGCACCUUGGUACCUUUACUGCCUUUUCUGGUGCGAAUUUACCAGCACAAGAGAUGGUAUCACUAUACCAAUCCUCAUACAGAUGAGAUGUUUGCGCAGCUGGCGGAAGGCGAAUCCAGCGACUCCACUGCCUGGGAACCCAUUCAGAGUAUGGUCUCUGUGAACUUGAAUCUGGGUGGUGACGAGGUGCCCGGCCACGGCAACGGCGGCCUGCUUUGGUGCGGCGAGGUGGCGAACGGCGGCGCGCCACGCUGGGUGCCCGCGCCCAAAGCUUCGGUGAUUAUUUUCCGCAUCAGCAAUCACUCCUGGCACGCAGUGAGUCCUGGACGUCGCGAACCCACAGGCGUGCGGCUUACUCUGCAAAUUGUUUACGCUGGCAAAGUGGCCCGGGCAGGCGCCCCAAGAGCCAUGGGUUAUGAUCUGGGACAAAGACUUCCUGAGAUCUUCGAAGGAGAAAGUCCCGAACUCCCGCCGACUCCGAGUGCGUCGAGUUGGGAGGACCAGAAGUGCCACGAUAUGCUGCCAACGAAAGACCACAACUGCGAGUUGAUGUUCCUCAGCGCACGCUCAAGCCUGGACGGGUGUAGCAAGGAUGCCCUUUGGCAAAGUGCUUGUUGUGGAAGUUGUCAGAAUUUGUGGCUGCAGCGUGCAGCGCUGUUACAGGACUUGCGGCCGAUUCAGGACGAGAUUGCAGGCUUCCUGGCCGUGGCCAACAAAGACUUCUCCAGGCGUUUGUCUUCCGGGCAGCGGAUGCCUUUGUUGGCCUUCGGCACGGGAGGUUUGUCGGGACAACGCGCCAGUGACGUCAUCUCUUAUGCCCUGAAGACCGGCUACCGUCACCUCGAUUCGGCCGCUUCGUAUCCCAGCUUUCCGGAUGCCUUGCUUUCGGGCUUCCUCCACAGCGGUGUCCCACGAGAGGAGGUCUUUAUCUCCACCAAAGUGCCCACCAGCGCCAUGGGAUUCGAUGCCACGAAGAGAUUGUUGGAACGGAUCAAAGAUGAACUGCCAGGGAACUAUGCAGAUCUGUGCAUGGUGCACUGGCCCCAGUCGGCGGUGGCGCCACCUGAGAACGUGGAUCCCAAGUGGUGGCUCACCUUGGAACGCGCUGGCACCUGGCAGGCGCUGGAAGCAGCCUAUGACAGGGGGAUUUGUAGGUCCUUGGGGGUCAGCAACUAUUUGAAAAAACAUCUGGAGGAGCUCUGGAAAUACGCGCGAGUGAAACCAUCUGUGAACCAGCUGGAGUACACCCCCAUGGCCCCUCUUCAAGAUGUUUUAGCCUUCUGCGACCAGCAUGAUGUGGCCAUCUCGGCCUUUGCUUGGAAUCGACCUCAUGUGUUGAACCAAGAGGAGUUGCACGACUUGGCCAGAAGUUUGCUACCGGAGAAAGACUUAUCUCGUGAACUGGUGAUGAAGGUCUUGAUGCGUUGGUUCAUGGCGCAGGGCAUGGCUCCCCUGUUCCGCAGCAGUCGCGAGGAAGUGAUCCUCGACAUGGCCUUGGGCUUGAGAGACAUUCCAAAGCUCAGCCAGGGCGCAAUCGAUUCCCUCCGUAAGCCCAUUAGUAAGUAUCCUUGGGAGUACUAUGAUGGGGAGCGGCCUUGGAAUGCAGCUGUGAUUGCGUCAGUGGAAUAACAAAACUGCGGCCGCCUGCACCGAGGGACAGGGGGGCGGACUGCACGGAACAUGGG